AUGGAUAAAGAAAAUCACUCAGUUGUGACUGAAUUUGUCUUUAUGGGCAUAACUCAAGACCCUCAGCUGCAGAUCAUCUUUUUUGUGGUCUUCCUCCUUGUCUACCUGGUCAAUGUGAUAGGGAAUGUUGGUAUGAUCAUCCUGAUCAUAACAGACAGUCAGCUUCACACCCCCAUGUACUUUUUCCUCUGCAACCUCUCCUUUGUUGACCUGGGCUACUCAUCAGCUAUUGCUCCCAGGAUGCUGGCUGAUUUUCUAACAAAGCACAAAGUUAUCUCUUUUUCCAGCUGUGCCACCCAGUUUGCUUUCUUUGUAGGCUUUGUGGAUGCUGAGUGCUAUGUCCUGGCUGCAAUGGCCUAUGACCGCUUUGUGGCCAUCUGCAGACCUCUUCACUAUAGCACUCUCAUGUCCAAGAAAGUCUGCUUGGUCCUAAUGCUGGGCUCUUACUUCGCUGGCCUAGUGAGUUUAGUGGCGCAUACUUCUCUCACUUUCAGCCUCAGUUACUGUGGUUCCAAUAUCAUCAACCAUUUCUUCUGUGAAAUCCCACCACUCUUAGCUCUCUCUUGCUCAGAUACCUACAUUAGUGAGAUACUGCUGUUUAGUUUGUGUGGCUUCAUUGAGUUCAGCACCAUCCUUAUCAUCUUCAUCUCCUAUGCCUUCAUUCUCAUUGCCAUCAUCAGAAUUCGAUCAGCUGAAGGCCGGCUAAAGGCUUUUUCCACCUGCGGGUCUCAUCUUACUGGUGUUACCCUUUUUUAUGGUACAGUCAUGUUCAUGUAUCUGAGGCCAACAUCCAGUUACUCCCUGGACCAAGACAAGUGGGCCUCUGUGUUCUACACAAUUAUCAUUCCUAUGCUGAACCCCUUGAUCUACAGUUUGCGGAACAAGGAUGUGAAAGCCGCUUUCAAGAAACUGAUUGGAAAGAAGCCACAAUAA